UCGAGCCUACCAUCCUCGCCGAGUGUAACGCCUGUACAGCUCGACCGCAUGAAACAAACACGGACACACACAGGCAGCUCGGAGGAAUCCUUAAGAUAGACAGAGAACGAGUCGGAGAGAUCCAUGCGUUGAGUCGCUUGUGUUGUGUGACAUUCAAAGCGUGGUGGUGCAGGGCUUCUUAACAACACUGACGCAAAACCGAGCGGCCGACUUCCCUCGCAGUGCUUGACGCUGAACACAAGCCACCAUGACGGAUGCAAACAAGUUCCUGUAUGGGGAGCGCGGCGCGGACAACGACCCCAUGGCCCAGGCCGACUGGUCCACCAAGAAGCUGGUGUGGGUGCCGGCGGAGAAGAGCGGCUUCGAGGCGGGCUCGCUGAAGGAGGAGAGCGGGGAUGAGUGUGUGGUGGAGCUGUGCGACUCGGGCAGGAAGAUCAAAGUGAACAAGGACGACAUCCAGAAGAUGAAUCCGCCCAAGUUCAGCAAGGUGGAGGACAUGGCGGAGCUCACCUGCCUCAACGAAGCCUCAGUGCUCCACAACCUGAAGGAGAGAUACUACUCUGGACUCAUCUACACGUACUCGGGUCUGUUCUGCGUGGUCAUCAACCCCUACAAGUACCUUCCCAUCUACACAGAGGACAUCGUGGACAUGUACAAGGGCAAGAAGAGGCACGAGAUGCCCCCCCACAUCUAUGCCAUCACGGACACCUCCUACAGGAGCAUGAUGCAGGAUCGGGAGGAUCAGUCCAUCCUUUGCACAGGGGAGUCUGGCGCGGGAAAGACGGAGAACACAAAGAAAGUGAUCCAGUAUCUGGCCCACGUCGCCUCGUCCUUCAAGUCCAAGCGAGACCAGGGCAGCGCAGUUCUGUCACAAGGGGAGCUGGAGAAACAGCUGCUGAGGGCCAACCCAAUCCUGGAGGCCUUCGGCAACGCCAAGACGGUCAAGAAUGAUAACUCCUCGAGAUUUGGGAAAUUCAUCCGGAUCAACUUUGACGUCAACGGAUACAUCGUUGGAGCCAACAUCGAGACUUACCUGCUGGAGAAGUCUCGGGCCAUCCGUCAGGCUAAAGAGGAGAGGAGCUUCCACAUCUUCUACUAUAUGCUGACCGGAGCCGGGGAUAAGCUGCGCACCGAGUUAUGUCUGGAGGACUACAGCAAGUACCGCUUCCUGUCCAACGGGAACUCAACCAUCCCAGGCCAGCAGGACCAGGACCUGUUCAACGAGACCAUGGAGGCCUUCGAGAUCAUGAGCGUCCCGGAGGAGGAGCGAACAGGCCUGAUGAAGGUGAUCUCUGCUGUGCUCCAGCUGGGGAACAUGAGCUUCAAGAAGGAACGUCACUCUGACCAGGCCUCCAUGCCUGAUGAUACCGCGGCCCAGAAGGUCUGUCACCUGCUGGGGAUGAACGUGACUGACUUCACGCGGGCCAUCCUGUCCCCCAGAAUCAAGGUGGGACGGGACUACGUGCAGAAGGCUCAGACCCAGGAGCAGGCGGAGUUUGCGGUGGAGGCGCUGGCUAAGGCGUCCUACGAGAGGAUGUUCCGCUGGCUGGUGAUGAGGAUCAACAAGGCCCUGGACAAGACCAAGAGGCAGGGGGCCUCCUUCAUCGGCAUCCUGGACAUCGCCGGCUUCGAGAUCUUCGAGCUGAACUCUUUUGAGCAGCUGUGCAUCAACUACACCAACGAGAAGCUGCAGCAGCUCUUCAACCACACCAUGUUCGUCCUGGAGCAGGAGGAGUACCAGCGGGAGGGCAUUGAGUGGAGCUUCAUCGACUUUGGCCUGGACCUGCAGCCCUGCAUCGACCUCAUCGAGAGAUCGACUGGGCCCCCGGGGGUGCUGGCCCUGCUGGACGAGGAGUGCUGGUUCCCCAAGGCCACGGACAAGAGCUUCGUGGAGAAGGUGGUCCAGGAGCAGGGUGGCAGCCCCAAGUUCCAGAAGCCCAAGAAGCUGAAGGACAACGUGGACUUCUGCAUCAUCCACUAUGCCGGGAAGGUUGACUACAAGGCGGACGAGUGGCUGAUGAAGAACAUGGACCCUCUGAAUGAGUGUGUGGCCUCGCUGCUCAACCAGUCAACGGACAAAUUCAUCGCCGACCUCUGGAGGGACGUGGACCGCAUCGUGGGCCUGGACAAGGUGGCGGGCAUGUCGGACUCCAUGCACGGAGCCUUCAAGACCCGCAAGGGCAUGUUCCGCACGGUGGGCCAGCUGUACAAAGAGCAACUCUCCAACCUCAUGACCACCCUGAGGAACACCAACCCCAACUUCGUCCGCUGCAUCAUCCCCAACCACGAGAAGAAGGCUGGUAAGCUGGAGCCCCACCUGGUCCUGGACCAGCUCCGGUGUAACGGGGUUCUGGAGGGGAUCCGCAUCUGCAGACAGGGCUUCCCCAACCGCAUCGUCUUCCAGGAGUUCAGGCAGAGGUAUGAGAUCCUCACUCCCAACUCCAUCCCCAAAGGCUUCAUGGAUGGGAAGCAGGCGUGUGUUCUCAUGAUCAAAGCCCUGGAGCUGGACCCUAACCUGUACCGGAUCGGGCAGAGCAAGGUGUUCUUCCGGGCCGGAGUGCUGGCCCACCUGGAGGAGGAGCGGGACAUCAAGGUCACCGACGUCAUCAUCAACUUCCAGGCCUGGUGCCGUGGCUACGUGGCUCGCAAAGCGUUCACCAAGCGGCAGCAGCAGCUGACUGCCAUGAAGGUCAUCCAGAGGAACUGUGUGGCCUACCUGAAGCUGAGGAACUGGCAGUGGUGGAGGCUCUUCACCAAGGUGAAGCCCCUGCUGCAGGUGAGCCGGCAGGAGGAGGAGAUGCUGGCGAAGGACGAGGAGCUGGAGCAGGUGAAGCAGAGGCAGCUGGAGGCCCAGCAGCUGCUCCAGAGCUUUGAGUCCAAGCAGCAGCAGAUGAGCUCGGAGAAGCAGGCCCUUCAGGAGCAGCUGCAGGCGGAGAUCGAGCUGUGCGCCGAGGCGGAGGAGAUGCGCUCCCGCCUCGCCGCCCGCAAGACGGAGCUGGAGGACAUCCUGCACGACCUGGAGUCCCGCCUCGAGGAGGAGGAGGAGCGCGUCACGCAGAUGAGCAGCGAGAGGAAAAAGAUGCAGACCAACAUCACGGAGCUGGAGCAGCAGCUGGAUGAGGAAGAGGGCGCCAGGCAGAAGCUCCAGCUGGAGAAGUUGACCACGGACGCCAAGCUAAAGAAGAUCGAGGAGGAAGUCAUGAUGAUCGAGGACCAGAACAACAAACUCAACAAGGAGAAGAAGCAUCUGGAGGAGCGGAUCUCCGAGUUCACCACCAACCUGGCGGAGGAGGAGGAGAAGUCCAAGAGCUUGCAGAAGCUCAAGAACAAACAUGAAGCCAUGAUCACCGACCUGGAGGACCGCCUGAGGAAGGAGGAGAAGACGAGGCAGGAGCUGGAGAAGGGCCGUCGGAAGCUGGAGGGGGACUCCACCGAUCUCCACGACCAGAUCGCAGACCUCCAGGCUCAGAUCGCCGACCUCAAAGCCCAGCUGGCCAAGAAGGAGGAGGAGCUUCUGGCUGCCCUCGCCAGGAUCGAGCAAGAGGCCUCAGCCAAGAACCUGGCCCAGAAGAAUAUCCGAGAGCUGGAGGCGCAGAUCUCUGAGCUGCAGGAGGACCUGGAGCUGGAGAGGCAGGCCCGCGCCAAGGCGGAGAAGUACCGCCGGGACCUGGGAGAGGAGCUGGAGGCGCUGAAGACGGAGCUGGAGGACACGCUGGACUCCACCGCCGCCCAGCAGGAGCUCAGAUCUAAGCGUGAGACUGAGGUCUCUCAACUGAAGAAGACACUGGAUGAUGAGGCGAAGGUCUACGAGCAGCAAAUGGGCGAGAUGAGACAAAAACACAACCAGGCCUUUGAUGAGCUCAACGAACAGCUGGAACAGGCCAAGAGGAACAAGGCAUCAGUGGAGAAGACCAAGCAGGCACUGGAGAGUGAGUGGAACGAGCUGCAGAUCGAGAUGAAGACGCUGACCCAGAGCAAGAGCGACUCUGAGAGUCGCAGGAAGAAGGCCGAGUCCCAGCUGCAGGAGCUGCUGGUCAAGCACGGGGAGAGCGAGCGGCAGAGGACCGAGCUGGCCGAGAAGAUGACCAAGAUGCAGUCCGAGCUGGAUAACGUCAGCAGUCUGCUGAGUGCGGCGGAGAGCAACGGCAUCAAGGCCAGCAAAGACUGCUCCUUUGUGGAGUCCACACUGGCGGAUACACAGGAGCUGCUUCAAGAGGAGACCAGGCAGAAGCUGGCGGUGAACACACGGCUGCGCCAGCUGGAGGAUGAGCAGCACAACCUGCGGGAGAUGCUGGAGGAGGAGGAGGAGAGCAAGAGGAGCGUGGAGAAGCAGGUGGCCACCCUCCAGACCCAGCUGGCAGACAUGAAGAAGAAGAUGGAGCAGGAGGCGCUGACCCUGGAUGGCUCCGAGGAGGGCCGUAAGCGGGUGCAGCGGGAGCUGGAGGCGGUGGUGCAGCAGCUCGAGGAGAGGAGCUCUGCCUACGACAAGCUGGACAAGACCAAGACCCGAGUGCAGCAGGAGCUGGACGACCUCAUGGUGGACCAGGACCACCUCCGGCAGAUCGUCUCCAACCUGGAGAAGAAGCAGAAGAAGUUUGACCAGAUGCUGGCGGAGGAGAAGACCACCUCCACCAAGUACGCCGAGGAGCGGGACCGGGCCGAGGCGGAGGCCCGGGAGAAGGAGACCCGCGCCCUGGCCCUGACCCGCGAGCUGGAGGCCAUGGCGGGCCUGAAGGACGAGCUGGACCGCACCAACAAGACGCUCAGGGCCGAGAUGGAUGACCUGGUCUCCUCCAAGGACGACGUCGGCAAGAGUGUCCACGAGCUGGAGCGGGCGAAGCGCGGCAUGGACCAGCAGGUGGAGGAGAUGCGGGUGCAGCUGGAGGAGCUGGAGGACGAGCUGCAGGCCACGGAGGACGCUAAGCUGCGCCUGGAGGUCAACAUGCAGGCCAUGAAGGCCCAGUUCGACCGCGACCUGCUGGCCCGCGACGAGCAGGGGGAGGAGAAGAAGAGGGCCCUGGUCAAGCAGGUGCGUGAGAUGGAGUUGGAGCUGGAGGAGGAGCGCCGCCAGCGCUCCCAGGCCAUGUCGGGCCGCAAGAAGCUGGAGCUGGACCUGGCCGAGCUGGCGGCUCAGAUAGACGCUGCCAACAAGGCCCGCGAUGAAGCCCUCAGGCACCUGAAGAAGCUCCAGGCGCUGAUGAAGGAGCAGAUGCGCGAGACGGAUGAGCUGCGCGUGUCCCGGGACGAGGCCCUGAACGAGGCCAAGGAGAACGAGAAGAAGAUGAAGACCAUGGAGGCCGACGCCAUGCAGUACCAGGAGGACGUGGCGUCUGCAGAGAGGACCAAGAGACAGGCCCAGACGGAGCGAGAUGAGCUUCAGGAGGAGAUGAGCCUCUUAAACACCAAGCUGUCUCUGGCUGCGGAUGAGAAGCGGAGGCAGGACGCUCGUAUCGCCCAGCUGGAGGAGGAGCUGGAGGAGGAACAGGUCAACACGGAGAUGGUCAACGACCGGCUGAAGAGGACCGGGCUGCAGAACGACCAGCUGACGACCGAGGUGUCCACGGAGCGCAGCGCGGCCCAACGCCUGGAGGGGGUCCGCAUCCAGCUGGAGCGGCAGAACAAGGAGCUGAAGCUGAAGCUCGGGGAGAUGGAGGGGACUGUCAAGAGCAAGUACAAGGCCGCCAUCGCGGCUCUGGAGGCCAAGAUCUUGCAGGUGGAGGAGCAGCUGGACGUGGAGUCAAAGGAGCGGCAGCAGGCCUCCAGACAGGUCCGCAGGACGGAGAAGAAGCUGAAGGAAGUGCUGCUUCAGGUGGAGGACGAGAAGCGCAACACAGACCAGUACAAAGACCAGGCCGACAAGCUCAACACUCGCAUGCGGCAGCUGAAGCGCCAGCUGGAGGAGGCUGAGGAGGAGGUGACCCGAGCCAACGCCAACCGCAGGAAGCUGCAGAGAGACCUGGACGACGUCAGCGAGUCGGCCGACUCCAUGACCCGGGAGGUCAGCACCCUGAGGGGCAAGCUCAGACGUGGGGACCUGCCCUACAACCUAAACCGCCUGAUCGGUCGCACCGGCGGGGAAAGCGAUGAGGAGGGAGACGUGCAGAGCGAAUCAUCCGAGCCCCAGUUACCCUGAGGGUCUACACUGAGGACCAACCUACGCGUUGGGAUUCAUAGUCAACAUUUUUAACAAAAUUGCUUUUAUGAAAUUAUCUAGCCAUUGGUAUCCCUUUAAAUACUACAGCCUUGAAUUAUCUUCUUCUUUUUUUUUUGUUAUUAAUGCGUGUCUCUCUGCCAAAUAUCUUCCCUUCACCGUCCGAAUGAAAGAUAUAUUGUUUCCACAACGCUUCACCUUAUAUAAAAUACACUUUAUUGCUUUGUUUCUACUUGAUGGAAAGAGAUUGAAAUUGUAUUGGUAUAUUAGUAAUCCUGCUACUAUUUUAACAAGCCAUAUGAGUUUAUAAAGAUGGGUCAAAUGCUGUUAAAGCCACUGUUAAUCACUGUUUUGUUUUGCACAUAAUGAUCUGGGUGCUUCGACACAGUAAGAUACUAGAUCACGUUUAGUAACAUUGUUGAAAUCACAGUCAAACCUAACGAGUUGCACAGAUUCUAGGACAUGAUCACAAUUGGUGUAGUUUCAAUCAAACACAGCUAGUAGUUUAGGGCUGAUGAGCUUGUCAAUCAUUCAUUUCAAUUGGUCAUCUUUGGUGGUGGGUUAUGUAUUAUGGCUUACUUUGCUUCUGUAUGAACUUUUAGCAUUGCAGUCAAGAUUUCCUUAUGGCACAAAAUGAUGUUCACUGCUGUUGAAUACCACAUGUUCAGGACGAUCACUGAUCCACUGUUCAUUUCCAAUGCCAUUUAAUGCAAAUUUCCAAUUUGAUCAAUGCUAAGGGAAAUAAAUCGAUUUAAAGUAUACUCAA